UUCGUGCCCCAGGAGGACAUCAUGCACCGCCAGCUCACGGUCCUCGAGAACUUGGAGUUCAGCGCGAUGACGCGGCUCCCGGCGACCUGGACGCUCGCGCGGCGCGGCCGCGAGCUCGUCAUCAAGGUCCUCUACGAGCUCAACCUGGUGAAGAUCCAGCACUCGAAGAUCGGCGACGAGCGGUGUCGUUCCCGCGGCGUCUCCGGCGGCCAGCGCAAGCGCGUCAACGUGGGCCUCGAGCUCGUCGCGGACCCCAAGGUGCUCUUCCUCGACGAGCCGACGUCGGGCCCGGCGUCCUGCGGCUGCGACGAUUUCUGA